GUGACGGUUUACCUUAGAUUGUGACGUAAUUUUCAAAAUGGCGUACACUCGUAAGUAAAGCACGUGGUCAGUGACGGAUUUCAAAUCUUGAGAAUUAUGUAGGUCUACACAUGUAUUGCAAAUUGGAGAAUCUAAACUAAUUCAUCAUGAAUAUUUCAACGUUGUGUGAGGAAGAUGUUACAGUACGGACAUCCGAGUCUAGCGAAGAAUUCACAACAGAUAAGCUUCCAAAGCAAAACGUAAGACGACGUCGAUUUCCACGCCUGGAUUUCAACCGAGAUUAUUGGCCGAAUAUACCAUUCACGGGAAGAAAAAGCCAAAGCUCUCACCAACAUAUUGUUUUGAACGAAGAUUCCAGCCCGGUAAGUACGUUGGAGCGAAACAUCGAGUCGGAGAGAACACUGACCGCUAUACCAAGCCUGGAGAAAGUUCUGGCCUUUGGGCGAAGAGCGAAAUUGUCACUGUCCAACUUUGGUCAUUGUCUCCACAAGAAGACCUUUGACGACUCCGACGAUGACGAAGAGGUCUAUGGCGAAAAGGCUGAACCCAGAUUGGAAUUACUGACUCUUACAUCUGUAACGAAUGAGAAUGCAGCUACCCCAAGUAAAAGUUUGGAUUCGACUUUAGAGGAAGAGGUGACAAGGGAACGCCCUGCCUUAUCCCACACUGUAUACGGACAUUGAAAGUAAAAUCCCUUCUACGAAAUACAAUUGAAUUGU